CGAAAAUUGAUAAAGUCUUCUAUUAAUUUUCCGCAAAUGGCUUGUUUGUGGAGGACAGCCGCUGCCUCGUUCUCGUUCUGUGUGCUUGUGCUUCUUGUCUGCUGUGCAGGUUCUUGUGAGGGUGUGCUGAACAUGGCUGACGGCGCUGCCACAACGAUGCGAGCUGUCGUGCAGACAGAGACGGGUGGUCCGCAGACCAUGAGUGUUGGAUCCGUUUCGCGUCCCAAGCCGGGCCAGGGCGAGGUCCUGAUCAAGGUCAUGGCGACAGCCGUCAACCGUGCAGACACGCUCCAGCGCCAAGGAUGGUAUCCGCCCCCAGCUGGCAGCUCCGAGAUCAUCGGCCUCGAAGCAUCUGGUGUCGUUGAAAUUGUUGGCGAAGGCUGCUCUUCCAAGUUCAAGGUUGGCGAUCCCGUCAUCGCCCUGCUCGCAGGUGGCGGCUAUGCCGAGUACUGCACUGUGCCAGAAGGGCAACUCAUGCCACUUCCUUCCGGAUUCUCCUUUGUCGAGGGUGCUGCAAUCCCCGAAGGCUGGUUGACAGCGUACCAGCUGCUGCACUUUGUUGGCUCCGUCAAGAAGGGCGACUACGUUCUCAUCCACGCUGGCGCCUCUGGUGUUGGCCUUGCAGCCGUGCAGUUGACGGUGGCUGCUGGCGCCAUCCCUGUCGUCACAGUCGGCAGUCCGGAGAAAUUGGCCAGUGCCGUCGCACUCGGCGCUGUUGGGGGCGCAAAUCGCCACGAGGGCCCGUGGAUCGACACGGCCCUCAAGUUCACAGACGGCAAGGGGUUCAACCUCGUGCUUGACUGUGUUGCCGGGUCCUACUGGGAGCAGAACGCACAGGCUGUUGCCCUGGACGGCACAUGGGUCCUCUACGCGCUCAUGGGCGGCGCAGAUAUUGAUGGACCCCUCUUCCGCACCCUGCUAAAGAAGCGGGUGACGCUGGUUGGGACCACCCUGCGCACGCGUUCCCUCGACUACAAGCGCCGUCUCAUUUCCCAGUUUACGCAAACCAGCUUGCCAAAGUUCUCAUCAGGCCAGUUCAAGGUGUCGAUUGCGAAGGUGUUUCCGCUGGACCAAGUGGCCGACUCGCACACAUUCCUGGAGGAGAACAAGAACACGGGCAAAAUCAUCCUUCAAGUCCACGACGGCGCUCAAGACAAGCCACAACCACAGCAGCAGCAGCAGCAACAGCAACGCGUUGAUCUGUGAAGCGGCCAGUUCAUGUGCAUGUCCUUGCAAAGAGUGCGUGCUUCGCAGACCAGUUCCACCACUCCCGCGCCUACUUGCUUUCAACAUGCUUGGUACCUGCCCCAAACUCAAUGCACAGCAUGAUGCGAGACCACCAUACAUGAUGGAAGUUGAG